AACUGUCAUGUAAACGGAGACUAAACGGAGUGCUCUUUUUAAGUGGAAACUAUACUUAAAGAAAACUGUUGUGUUCUCUAAAAAAGAAUGUUCCUUCAAACGCCUAAUUAGAAUUGGUAGCGUGUAUUUCUGUGAGACGUGACAAGGGAUAGGCUCCUGUACAAAAAUGAUUUCAGUUGGUAAAAUGCAAAAGUACGAAAAGUUGGAAAAGAUUGGCGAAGGAACAUACGGAACGGUGUUCAAAGGAAAGAAUCGGGAUACGCUAGAAAUAGUUGCAUUGAAGCGUGUACGACUAGACGAGGAUGACGAAGGUGUACCGAGCUCAGCGCUACGAGAAAUUUGUUUGCUGAAAGAAUUGAAACAUAAAAAUAUCGUACGGCUAUACGAUGUGCUACAUUCCGACAAAAAGUUGACCCUGGUCUUCGAGCAUUGUGACCAGGAUCUGAAAAAGUAUUUCGACAGUUUGAAUGGUGAUAUCGAUAUGGAUGUGGUGAAAAGUUUUAUGUAUCAAUUGUUGCGCGGACUGGCGUUUUGUCACAGCCAUAACGUGCUUCAUCGAGACCUCAAGCCACAAAAUCUUUUGAUCAACAAAAACGGCGAACUGAAACUUGCCGAUUUCGGUCUAGCUCGUGCUUUCGGCAUACCCGUCAAAUGUUAUUCAGCCGAAGUAGUUACACUGUGGUAUCGACCUCCAGAUGUUCUAUUUGGCGCCAAACUAUAUACAACGAGUAUAGACAUGUGGUCUGCAGGUUGCAUCUUCACUGAAUUGGCUAAUGCUGGCAGACCUUUGUUUCCCGGUUCGGACGUCGAUGAUCAAUUGAAACGAAUAUUCAAGUUACUCGGUACGCCUACGGAAGACACUUGGCCUGGAGUUAGUCAAUUAGCCGACUAUAAACCGUUUCCUUGUACGUUUCAAUUCUAUAACCAUCGACGCUUCUCAUUUAAAUAUAGAUACGUGUACGUACAUGCACUAAUCGCUUAUACACUUUCAGUAUAUCACCCAACAACAGCUUGGAGUCAAGUGGUUCCUCGACUUAAUUCGAAAGGUCGCGACUUACUGCAGAAACUAUUAGUUUGUCGGCCAACAUUACGAAUGAAUGCUGAGCAGGCAAUGACCCAUCCGUAUUUUACAGAAUAAUUUUAAAUUUAAUUGGAGCUGAUCACCUCUCCUCUGUGUGUGAGAAAUGGAGUUUGUGUGUCUCGUGUGAUGUUAUAAUAUUGUAAAGAAAAAAAAAUUAUCUGGGAUACUCUCCAUUUAUUAGUGAAACAGACUUUUGUAUGGUUUUAUUUGAUAAAAAGUAAAAGAAAAAGAAAAAUGAAUUGACUUAUACCUAGAGA